UAUUUGAAAUAAAAGAAAUGGAGAGUGAGAAAACAAUGGACCAUGAAAUACCUCAAACCGAACCUGGUUCUACUAUUCCAGAAUCAUCUUCGAGCUUACCAGGUGAGGAAGAAGUUAAAAAGGAGCCUGAAACUGAUACGAAGUACUCUGCGAAGAAGAAGACAGUUGGGAAAUAUAAUUUCUCCUUCGUCACUGUUUCACCUAAGAAAAAGAACACAGUUGAACCCUUAAUGAUCCAGAAAUUGAAAUAAAAUUCAAGCUGAAUCGAUCAGAAGCUGGAAUGGAAUGGAGACUAAUCUCAUUGGAAAGCCAGGGAAUGUCAACUUUCUAGGCUCUGGCAAGAGAAAGAGCACCAAAGCUGAUGAAUACCUGGAAAUGGAAAGCAAAAGACUGGCUAGAAUUGCUAAAGGAAUAGUCAAGCUAAAACAUCUUGAAGAUGAAAAACUUGGUAUAAUGGGCCUUGGAUCGAAGCAAACCCAGGAUAUUAUUAACUUCAAGUUGAUUAAAGAGAGCCAAAUAUUGAAGGAUGGUCCUCCUGCAAUCACAUUCUCUAAAAAUUCGUAUAUGGACCAAGGUGAUUUAUUAUAUAAGGUACUCAAAGCCGAGGCUAGGCUUAUCAGAUCCGUUCUUGAAGUCCAUGGGUUUAACCAUACUGAUGGACACGAUUGGAACAUUCUCUGGACUUGUACCUCUUGUAAGCCAUAUCUAUAUGAAGGACUGAAUGAAAAUCAGAAGAUAAACCACUUUCCUCAAAGUUCUGAACUCACCAGAAAAGACAAUUUGUGUGUGAAUGUUGUAGCAAUGCAAGAAAAGUUUGGAAGUGAGAACUUUGACAUCAUACCAGAUACUUACAUUCUCCCUGAUGAAUUUGCUGAUUUUCAUUCACAUUUUCACAAAAUCCAGUCCACACUAAAGAAGGGUGAGAAGAACUUAUGGAUAGUAAAGCCUUCUGCUUCAAGCAAAGGAAGAGGAAUCUACCUGAUUGAUAAUACUUCAGAAGCCCCUAUUAAGGAAAACUGCGUUAUCAGUAAAUAUAUCAAUAAUCCUUUCUUGAUCAACGGACUCAAGUUUGAUAUAAGAAUCUAUGUCUUGGUUACUUGAGUUGAUCCUUGGAGAAUAUAUGUCUACAAAGAAGGCCUUGCAAGAUUUGCAACAGAAGCAUAUUGCGAGGAUGGCAGCAAAAGCAAUCGAUUUGUCCAUCUUACAAAUUACUCAAUCAAUAAAAAGAGUGAGAAGUAUGUGCAUAGCACUAAUCUUGAAUCGGACGAUGAAGGUAGUAAAUGGUCUCUGUCUGCUCUCAUGAAGUAUCUUGAGAGUUUAGGCAUCGAUAGUAACCUUCUCUGGUCCAGGAUUUAUGACUUGAUCAUCAAAUCAUUCCUUUGAGUUGAUUCCCAUAUUUAUACAGCAAUAAAGAAAAUCCAAGGAUACAAAAAUAACUGCUUUGAGCUAUACGGAUUUGAUGUUAUGCUCGAUUCUGAUCUAAAACCUUGGAUUCUUGAAGCAAAUUUAUCUCCUUCUCUUGCAACUGAAUCUCCACUUGAUUUAUCUAUCAAAACAAAUCUGAUUACUGAUACCUUCAACCUGAUAGGAAUCAAAAGGAUGGAUAGAAGAAGAGAUAAUUACAAUAAAAUAAAGCAGAGAUUUAAAAAUUUUAAGCCAAAGCAGAAUCAAACCAGAGGGUUAUCUUCUUCCAAAAACCCGAAUAACUCCCGUAUGGACUCUUUCAAGACAUCAGAGGCACAAGAGUAUUGUGACAAGAACAGGUUGUUCUGUGAGAAGUUGUCUACUAUUAGCCAGAAGAACAGGAAUAUGAUAAAGGAUACCAUAUUUGAGGAUCUUCGGAAAGGAAAUUUCAUCAGAAUUUACCCUAACAAGAACAGUGACAUCUACGAUCAAUAUUUUAUCACACCAAGAAAUACGAACAAGAUUUUAUACAAGUACUUGUUUACAGAUGAGUUGAUCCAGUGGGAACUUCCAAAGAACUUUUCAUUCUCGUCAUUCAGCAAAGAUGAUAAAUUAUACAAAACAACUGCGGCAAGGAAAUCAAAGACCAGUAAUCUGGACUAUGAAGAUACUCCUUCUUCAAAGAAACUUCCUGCUGUAAGUAGGUCGAAGAUUAAGGGGAUAUCUGAAGCAAAGGUUUCAGGAAGCUACAAUACUGUCAGUUCUCCUCCAGCCCCUGAUAUCGACACCCAGAAUUCAGAGAAGCUAAUGAUCACCGGCGAUGACGUGUUGAUUGAGUACGUCGCAAGACUCAUGAUAGCUAUUAAAAGUAUCAGAGAGAAACUCCUAAGACAAUCCUGGAAGCACUGCAUCAAUAAGUUCAUCACUCAUUAUGUCUGGCAUACAAGCGACACAAGAAGGAGAGAGAAUAAUAAGCUUUGGCAAAGAUUAGAGAGCAGACUCAUUGAGAUGAAAGAGAGACGCAAAAGACUCCUCAGGUCAUUAUACAAGAAGGAAUUCCCUGGAACUGUGGGUAAGAAGAACAAAGAAGAAGUUAACGCAGCAUUUGAAAAAGAAUACGAAAUCAAAGAGCAACAAAAGAACGUUAUCAUCCAAGCACUAAGUGCACGAGAGUUAGAAGAAAUGCUGAGAAAAUCGACUAAGAAUGUUGCACAUGAAGUGGUUUCUUGUCUUGUUGAGUCUACUAGUCGAGGAGUUCUCACUGAUAUCAUUCGUUGGUUGACUACCUCCCAACAGAACAUGCUUAACGAUCACCUAUCGAUUCUGGAUUCUUCAGACAUAAUGAAAACCUCAAAUUUCCAGAAUGAUGAAGAGGAGCCUGAGGACUCUGAAGAUAUGGAGAGUUUCUACAAUACGAAAUCGUCUAUGAACACAUCAGGGAUUAGAAUAAAGGUGCGAAAGAGUUCGGUAGACCCUCACUCUAAGAAGAAAAAGCUGGACUAUAAAUAAUUCUUCAAAUUCCUAAAAUUGCUGCUAGAGCAACCAGAGGGGACGCUAGCAAUUCGAAGCUAAAUGAGGAUAUUGAAAUAGAAACAGAGAAUGUUAGGGCUGGAUCCCCUCUGAAUUACGUUAGGGACAAGAAACGCAAAAAUCGCAGAGCUAAUAAGGACCAUAGUGGAUCAGAGUCAUCUAAGAAUAAUGUCAUUGUAGUGCAACCUGUGGAAAAAGAAUAGAUUAA